AUGGGCCGCCAUCAGGACAUCGAGGAAGGCGAGCAGCUGGUGGCCGCCAGUGGAGUGAAAACAGCCCCGGUGGAGAUUGAGGUCGUUCUGGACGUCAGCGGGGCCGCCGUCAGCAAGACCAUCGAGCGGAUCAAAAUCAGGAAACUGAGCAGACGCAGAAGGCCCGCCAACGGAAGUCAUGGCGACAUGUUGCACCCCAAUGCCACCUACAUCAUUGUCGCCACCCAGCGGGGAGAUCAUCUGCUGAACUUGCUCUUCCUCACCGCAAAUGAUAUUAACAUGGACAUGGGCUCGUACCGCUCUGAGGCUCUAAAUCAUCCAGUUACAGCCCCCGCUCCGAUUAUGUAUGGUAUCAAUUUCCCCUUCAUGGGGCUGUACACACCCAUUGAGGCGCGCAUAGAGCAUGGACAUGGGCUCGUUCCGCUCUGA